AUGUCCACUUCUACCACCACUGUCUUCAACAAAAACGAAAAAAAAGCUAGAGAAUUGAUCUCUAAAUUGAACUUGAAACAAGUCCCAGGUGUUACCAGAGUUACCUUCAGAAAAAAGGAUAACCAAAUAUUUUCUAUUGAUAAGCCAGAUGUAUACAGAUCUCCCGCUGGUAAUUAUGUUGUUUUUGGUGAAUGUAAGUUGGACAACUUCCAACAAAGAUUGGCUCAAGCUCAAUCUUUAGCUCAAGAAAAACCAGCCAGUGAAGAAAUCUCCAAAGACCCAGCCUCUAUCCAAGCUGACUUAGCUGCUGCUGCCAAUGAAGCUGACAAUAAAGUCCAUAAAGAGGUCAAAGAAGAAGAUUUAAUUGAUGAAUCUGAAUUAGACCCUGAAAGUAUUGAUUUAGUUGUUCAACAAACAAAGUGUACCAAGGAAGAGGCUAUUUUAGGUUUGAGAAGAAACAAGGGUGAUUUGGUUAAUACUAUUUUAGCUUUGAGCAAGUAG